ACCCCCCACCCCUUUUCCUUUCCCCCAUCGGUUUCGGUUACCCCUUCCUCCUCCCUCCCUUACAAGAAUCGCUCGAAUCUGUCGGGGCGAGCGCAGAGGCAGCGCGCGGCCGGCACGGAGACAGGGAGGAGUCGCCCGAGAGGUGUUCUGCGCCCGUCCGCGAGCGAGGUAGCCAGGGAGGGGAGAGAUGGACGCCGCCGGCGCCGGCGCGAGCAACGGGGGCCUGCUGUACCACGAGGUGCAGGAGGGGAAGCUGUGCGCCGUGCACUGCGUCAACACCGCCCUGCAGGGGCCCUUCUUCUCCGAGUUCGACCUCGCCGCGCUCGCCGCCGACCUCGACCAGCGCGAGCGCCAGGUCAUGCUGCAGGGCGCCGCCACCGUCGCCGCGGGGGACUUCCUCGCCGAGGGCGAGGGCUCCCACAACGUCUCCCUCGGCGGCGACUUCAGCAUCCAGGUUCUGCAGAAGGCACUGGAAGUCUGGGACCUCCAAGUUCUUCCCCUUGACUCCCCAGCAGCUGGGUCAUCCCUAUUUGACCCAGAGCUAGAAAUUGCUUUCAUUUGCCACCUUCAGGACCACUGGUUCUGCAUCAGGAAGGUGAAUGAGGAGUGGUAUAACUUCAACAGUCUCUACCCUGCUCCUGAGCAUCUGUCAAAGUUCUACCUCUCAGCUUUCAUUGACACCCUGAAGGGGGCAGGCUGGAGCAUUUUUGCUGUUAGGGGCAAUUUCCCUAAAGAGUGUCCCAUGGCGACAGAAGGCUCCAAUGGUUUCGGGCAGUGGCUGACUCCUGAAGAUGCCCGGAAGAUAACAGCCUCUUGUAACCAGGUGCCAGCACCCACUCAACAGGGAGCAGUCUCUCAGCUCGGUGGUCAGUCAGCAGGCAUGAGUGAAAUGGACAUCAUCGCAGCACAGCAGGAAGAAGCUGACCUGAACGCCGCUAUAGCUGCCAGCCUGAUGGACGCUGGGGGUCCAUUUGGCAGCCAGAGUGCUCCUCAACAAGAAUCCAGGCCCCAGCCUAGCUAUGUGGUGGAGCAAGGAGCUAAUGUAACUACCUCUGUGGCAGUGGGGGAAGAUAGCUAUGUGGUGGAGCAAGGAGCUAAUGAAGCUGAAGCAAGCGAGCCGGGCAGCGAUACCAUAGAGGGGUCCGCCCCAGGCAGCUACCCGAGGGAGAGGUCUCCCCCUUCGGAGAGAAGAUAGUGAUGAAAUAUGAUUAGGUCGGUCGUUCCAUUCGGGCUGGAACUGUGUUGGACUAUACAGACAGAAAGUGAAAAAGGGACCCCAGUGAUUCGUUUAAACCGCCCCUCGCGGGGGGCAAUGUUGUUCUGAACUUGUAGUUUCGGAGUGCCGUAUACUCCUGAGUCUGAACCUGCCUGGAUUUUGAACUUUGUCUUCUGUUGAUGGUUGUUGUGAAAACUGCAUAGAGACUUCUUUUUUAUAUAUGAAAUGAAAACUGCAUAGAGACAAA